CAUGGAGUAAAGAGGCUUGGACAAGUAUUGUUGGUAAAUUCAAUCAAAGAUUUGAUUUAUCCUUCACGGUAAUUCAAGUGAAGCAAAAGGAGCAGGAUCUAAAGAGAGAUUUCAAAGCUAUAAAAGACUUAAUAUCUGAAAGUGGUUUUGGCUGGGAUCAUGAUAGAAAGAUGGUGGUGGCUCCAGAUAAUGUUUGGGCUGCACUAGAGGCACGCAAAAACAAGGACGCCCUCACGUGGCGAGGAAGGUCAUUUCCAUACUAUGAAGAUCUUUUCGCUCUAUAUGAUGGACGCUAUGCUCAGGGAAGGAGUUGUCAUGGCAUGGAUUAUUAUGCGAACAAAGCAACACAACCCUCACAGUUUCCAGCAUCACAUUCACCACAAUUGCAAGGGCUAGAGGCGCAUUUGCACACACCUACACCAACGAUACAUGCUCCUGGUGAUUCAUCCAUGCAAUUUCACAUUGAAGAGGAUAGUGAAAACACAAAAUGGCUUUCUAGCAAUAAUACAUUCAGUCAAGUGGAGGUAAACUCGACCCAAGGAAAUGACUUGACAUUACAUACUCCACAAGUUGAAGCAAUACCAAUUUCUUCACAACACGUUGGACAAACCUUGCAUGAAAAUCCACAAGUUGCACAUCGCAAUCCUCGACCAUCUAGCUCAGGUCCUGAGGCUAAUAGCACGAGGAGGGCGAAAAAGCAAAAGACGACCAGUAUUGAUGAUUUCCAUGAGAGAUACCUGAAACUCAGAAGGGAAGAAAUAGAUAGGUAUGCAGCCAUUGAGGAGAGGAAAUUAAAGGACCCUUUCAGCAUCAAGAAAUGCAUCAAAGCACUUGAAAGGUUGGAGGGUCUAUCGAUGGCAGAUAUGCUAAAAGCAGCAGACAUCUUCGCUGCCAACAAGGAGAACAGAGAAGUAUUUCUAUCAUUUUCAAGUAACGCAUUAAGGUUAGGUUGGUUGAUUGGAAAAGUUCAGAAUACCUAAUAUUUCGUACUAGGGAAGGUCUAGCUUAAAAUUGAGAUAUAUUUUGUACAUGUGCAUCUCUGGACACAUGGUUAUGAUCCUUUUGUCAUAGUUAAUUUAUAGUAGGUUGUGUAUGUGCAUUACUGGGCACAUGUUUAUGGAAGUGGCAAACUCAUUCAACUUUUUAUGUAAUAUUAAAUGGAUCUUAAAUCAAUGCUUGUUUGAUGUGUUUGGAUAAAA